CCCAUUUUCCCAUUUCCUCUUUCCAUUUCUCCCCAUUUUCUAAUCCGGGUUUCGCUUUCUUUAGCCUUUCGUUUCCGGAAGAAUAAAAAGAAAAGCACAGCAACAGAGGAAAAAAGAAGGAGGAAAAAGAAGGAAAAAGAAGGAAAAAAGCUUCAGAAGUUUAGUCACUGAUUUUACUGAACUUCAAAAGAAGAGGAAGAAGGAGAUGUGGUGGCUGCUGCAGUAAUUAGUUUUGAGUACUGAAUUUGAGUUGGGUGGGUGGGCUUUUGAUAAAAGAAAAGGCAAAAAUUCUGGGCUUCUGAUAGAUUUUCCUGGUUCAGUACUUCUUCUGGCGAGUGACAAAUUCAAUGAAAGUGGGUUUUACUUUCCUGCUGUCACAGGGAGUCAGACUUUUAGUCCAAACUGAAUAGUUGUAUAAGAAGUUGAGAGCAGAGUCUGUGAUGGCAGAUGUCAGUCCCAGGACUGAUAGUUCUACUGAUGCAAGCACUGAAGAUAAGAACUCAAGGUUCCACAAUAACCAAGGGCUGGCUGUUGUGGCUUCUGAUGGGAGUGACAAGUCUAGAGAUCAAAAGACUCUUCGUAGGCUUGCACAAAAUAGGGAAGCUGCAAGAAAGAGCCGUUUAAGGAAAAAAGCAUAUGUUCAGCAACUGGAGAGCAGCAGGAUGAAGUUGACACAACUUGAGCAGGAGCUGCAACGGGCUCGGCAGCAGGGGAUAUUUAUUUCAAGUUCGGGAGAUCAAUCUCAAUCUAUGAGUGGGAAUGGAGCCUUGGCAUUUGAUGUAGAGUACGCUCGAUGGCUGGAAGAGCACAACCGUAGAAUAAAUGAGCUAAGAGGAGCUGUCAAUUCCCAUGCUGGUGAUGGUGAACUCCGCAUCAUUGUGGAUGGCAUCUUGGCACAUUAUGAUGACAUAUUCAGGAUAAAAGCGGAUGCUGCUAAGGCUGAUGUCUUUCAUAUUUUAUCAGGCAUGUGGAAAACUCCUGCAGAAAGAUGCUUCCUCUGGCUUGGUGGAUUUCGUUCAUCUGAACUCCUUAAGCUGCUUAUAAAUCAGUUGGAGCCGUUAACAGAGCAACAGCUAUUGGCUAUAAAUAACUUGCAACAAUCAUCACAGCAGGCAGAGGAUGCAUUGUCACAAGGAAUGGAGGCAUUACAACAAUCAUUGGCUGAGACCCUGGCUGGUUCUCUUGGACCUUCAGGUGGUUCAACGGGGAAUGUGGCUAAUUACAUGGGUCAAAUGGCAAUGGCCAUGGGAAAGCUGGGAACUCUCGAGGGCUUUAUUCGUCAGGCUGACAAUUUGCGGCAGCAGACGUUGCAGCAAAUGCAUCGGAUAUUGACAACUCGGCAAUCUGCUCGGGCUCUACUUGCAAUCAGUGACUAUUUUUCUCGGCUGCGAGCACUUAGUUCCCUGUGGCUUGCUCGCCCGAGAGAGUAAGAUCUACAAUCUCACUUUCUGGUACUGAUUUGAAAGCAGAGUAGAUCUUUCCUAGUGAUUUAUGUCUAUCAAGAUUCUCCCUGGUGCAUAUAUUGGAUUAUUUCCUUUUUUUUGUCAAAAACUCUGGAAGGGAGCUAGCUAUUCAUCUCUACAAGCUUGUAAGAAUGAGUUUGAAAAAUUUUUCCUUUUCCAUUGGGUAAAGUUAACAUGGUCAGUGAAGUUUUAGAGUCUGUAGCAUAUCAGUUAUGUAAUCAAGGUUAGUCAAAGGGUAACUGUAAUCUAUCUGGGUACUGUGCCAGAGUGCUGACUUCAAUUGAGUAUUGCCAUUAAGACUAACUGGCACUUUUGCAUUGCAUUCUCCUUCUUGGUA